UCACAUGGGACUGCUGAACCAGCUGUACAACUUUUAUUUUGAAGAAAAAAGUUGAACCUCAGAACGGGCUGUUUUAAAGACAGGGAGGGACUUAGCUUUUCUGAGCUUGACCAGCAUGUGGAAGGAGUGCUCUCAUGGCUGCAAUAACCUAGGGAGCUCCUACCUGGGUGCCACGGGGGUAGGAAGGUUUCUGUUUGUUUUGUUCUGUUUCUGAGGGUCCUGUGCACUCCUCUUGUCCAUGUCAACGUGACUCGGUGUUUUUGCACACCCUGCUCUGUGGGGGAGUGCCCCAACGUGCCUGUCUUAUGUGGCCUCUAUGGACACACUGCUCAGCUGGCAGAGAGCAGGGAAGUUUUCUCGAGCACCCAAAAAGAGAAAGAGAAAACUACUUUUUCCUUCUGGGCUCCUUGCAGCACAAUAGAUCAGGAUAAGCUUCCACAUUCUCUCCCUGGAUUUCUGGAGUGGUUCCCAGGAACAAGUUAAACUUUCACCUUUAAAUGGAUGACCAUGUCACAAUCAGGAGGAAACAUCUCCAAAGACCCAUCUUUAGACUAAGAUGCUUAGUGAAGCAGCUGGAAAAAGGUGAUGUUAACAUCGUAGACUUAAAGAAGAAUAUUGAAUAUGCAGCAUCUGUGCUGGAAGCAGUUUAUAUCGAUGAAACAAGAAGACUGCUGGAUACUGAUGAUGAGCUCAGUGACAUUCAGUCGGAUUCGGUCCCAUCGGAAGUCCGGGACUGGUUGGCUUCUACCUUUACACGGAAAAUGGGGAUGAUGAAAAAGAAAUCUGAGGAAAAACCAAGAUUUCGGAGCAUUGUGCAUGCUGUUCAAGCUGGAAUUUUUGUGGAAAGAAUGUACAGAAAAUCCUAUCACAUGGUUGGGUUGACAUAUCCAGAAGCUGUCAUAGUAACAUUAAAGGAUGUUGAUAAAUGGUCUUUUGAUGUAUUUGCCUUGAAUGAAGCAAGUGGAGAACAUAGUCUGAAGUUUAUGAUUUAUGAACUAUUUACCAGAUAUGAUCUUAUCAACCGUUUCAAGAUUCCUGUUUGUUGCCUAAUUGCCUUUGCAGAAGCUUUAGAAGUUGGUUACAGCAAGUACAAGAAUCCGUAUCACAAUUUGAUUCAUGCAGCUGAUGUCACUCAAACUGUGCAUUACAUAAUGCUUCAUACAGGCAUCAUGCACUGGCUCACUGAACUGGAAAUUUUAGCAAUGGUCUUUGCUGCUGCCAUUCAUGAUUAUGAGCAUACGGGAACUACAAACAAUUUUCAUAUUCAGACAAGGUCAGAUGUUGCUAUUUUGUAUAAUGAUCGCUCCGUCCUUGAAAAUCACCAUGUGAGUGCAGCUUAUCGGCUUAUGCAAGAAGAAGAAAUGAAUGUCCUGGUAAAUUUAUCCAAAGAUGACUGGAGGGAUCUUCGGAACCUAGUGAUUGAAAUGGUUUUGUCUACAGACAUGUCGGGUCACUUCCAGCAAAUUAAAAAUAUAAGAAACAGUUUGCAGCAGCCUGAAGGGCUUGACAAAGCCAAAACCAUGUCCCUGAUCCUCCAUGCAGCAGACAUCAGUCACCCAGCCAAAUCCUGGCAGCUGCACCACCGAUGGACCAUGGCCCUGAUGGAGGAGUUUUUCCUACAGGGAGAUAAAGAAGCUGAAUUAGGGCUUCCAUUUUCCCCACUUUGUGAUCGGAAGUCAACGAUGGUGGCGCAGUCCCAAAUAGGUUUCAUUGAUUUCAUAGUAGAGCCGACAUUUUCUCUUCUGACAGACUCAACAGAGAAAAUUAUUAUUCCUCUUAUAGAGGAAGACUCAAAAACCAAAACUCCUUCCUAUGGAGCAAGCAGACGAUCAAAUAUGAAAGGCACCAUGAAUGAUGGAACCUAUUCCCCAGACUACUCCCUUGCAAGCGUGGACCUGAAGAGCUUCAAAAACAACCUGGCGGACAUCAUCCAGCAGAACAAAGAGAGGUGGAAAGAAUUAGCUGCUCAAGGUGAGCCUGAUCUUCAUAAGAAUUCAGAAGAUCUAGUAAGUGCCGAAGAAAAACAUGCUGAGACACAUUCAUAGGUUUGAAACACCUUAAAGGCUUCUGUCAUUUUAAACAUGAGAGGAUAAUGAGAACAGCACUAAAAUAUCCUAAAUCCUCAAUUUUCCACAAACCUAUAUUCUCCUCUUUCAACACACACUUGGAAACAGGCCAUUUUAUGGACUCAUAUAAGAGAAGAACAUAAAUUCUGAACUAGUAAUUCUAGCCAAAUAAAUACACUCAAAGUUGCUACCAGAGAUUUUGGCCAGUGCUUCUGCCAUUGCUCUUCCUCCACAAUUUGGCCUUCUUCAAUCAAGCCAGAGAAAAUUUUAAGACAAAAAGUUGGACAGUUUUAAUUUUUCAUCAGUUUGAACCCAGUUACUGCAUAGGCAACUGUGCAACAUGUGUGCAGAAAAUGAGGCAUUUUAAAAUUUUACUUUCUUGCUUUGUUUUAUACAAAGUGCUGUAACUACAGUAAAUUUUUCAAGAUGUUAAGUAAAAGGAAAGCAAAAACAAAAUUAUAGAAAAAUAUUUUUUGCAGCUCUGAGGCUAUUUAGAUUGUCCUUGUUAUUUUAAAUACAUGGGAACAAAGUGAGAGCCGGGGCUGCUCAGAAGCUGUGGUUGAAGCCCUCUAACAACAAUGGAGCAUCAGAGCCCUGGCUCUGUGACCUGAGGAACUCUUCAUUGUAGCUCUCAAGCUGGGAAACCAUGGUGAAACCUGCCCCUGAACGCAGUGGACCAGCCUGCAUCCAUCCCUGUGAUUUCAAAGCACUAAUGCAUCACCUACAUGGGCGUCAUCACAAUGCAAGUCAUACAUUACCUACGAUCCAAGAUGACAAGAACCUCCAGCCAUUGUUGGAGACAGACACUAGAACUGAGAAUGGAAUUUGCCUUCUGGGGUGUUGAUCCCAUCAGGAUGUAACAAAAUAUAUCACAGGCCAAGGGAUAAGUGACAAGAAGUGUGUGCGUGUGCGUGUCUGUGUGUGUAUUCAAAAAUGUCUAUGAAAAUGGAAUCCCACACUUUUCUGUACAGAUAAUGUUAUUUGACGUGAGUUUAUAAUUUUACCACACAGAAACAAACUGCAACGCUUGGAGACUCUGCUUCCUUGUCAUGUUUUGCCUGAGCAUGUGCAGAGCCUUGCCUUUGCUCCAAACUGAAGAGCUACAUUUAUUUGUUAUUAGCUGACAAGAAAGGUCAAGCACAAGUAGGUGUUGUAACUUUUCACUGUACAAACUCUUCAAUGAUUGUGAGACUAAGCGAAUAUGUCUUUGUGAAUGGUAGAAUUGGGUGGAAAAAAUUAAGAGUAGCCAUCAAUUAAAGAAUAAAGUGAAGGUGGGUUGUCCAUCCUAAUGAGUUUUCUGUUGCACAUGCUUCUUCCCUGGGUUCCACAAUGCUAAGCAAUAUUUUAGAAAUGGAUGCAAUCACAAGCUUUUAAGUCUAAGUAGUGGGAUUUUAUAACUCACAACUUAGAUCUCUUUUCAUGUGUAAGCCAUAUUCUAUAUGCAUAUUAGGUAUGCAUUUUAAUUUAAGAUAUAUUUGUGCAUAGACUGUGUAUAAGAUGCUUUUAAAUGUUCUGUGAAUAAGUUCCUUAGAUUUUGUUUCACCUGAAGCAUAUGUAGAACACAGCUAAAUAAUUGAAUUGUAUCAUAGACAUUAUAAUGCAAUUGAUAUUUUAAAUGUAAGCAGUAAAGAUUGAUCUAUAAUGAUGUGUUGGGGGAAAUUUAUAGAUACGUACAUCAUGGUGACUUUUUGUCCUACAAUGGAUUUCUUAUUUCUAUUUAUGGAGAAACUGCAACUACUGCUUUUAAUGUCUUUUUUAAGGUAGCUAUUUACAAGCUAGAAAAUAUUCUGCAUUUAAGAUUAGAAUAUGACUGUCAGGGAAGUCUAAUUACUAUUGUUCCUAUUUGAGCCAGGUGUCUCUCAGUAAAGCUAUAGAGUCUCUCAACAGAGAAAUAAAUUGAAACACUGCUUCUUAAUUGUCAUAAGAAACAUGUCCACUUUGUUCCUAUUAAUACUUUAAGAUAUAUAGACUAUUACUAAAAAAAUAGAGGAAUAUAAUGAAGUCAUUAUUUUCUGUAUAUGGGGUUUAACCUAAUUUUCCAGGUUAUGUAAUUUAUAAAGCGCUGUGACGGAACUUCCAGGGGAGUGGAGAAAACUCGCUCCAUCCCUUCAGAAGAGUUGUCACGCUAUUGAUGCACUUUUUUUCCCCUAAUCUCCCUCCCUCACUCCCUCUUUUGCUCCUUCCCCUCCCUUCUCUCCUGCUCUCCUUUGUAUCUUCCUUAUUCCUUCCUUCCUCUCUCUAAGACAGGCACUAACUCAUGUUAAUUAGCGGGAAGUCAGAGCAGAGGGUACCAGUGCCCAUCCCUUCUGCCAACAUCAAUGUUGAAUCCAUCCUAAAGAGAGGGAUGGAUGAAUUCGGCUGCUGAGCCUUAAAGGGCCUGCUUUGCAUUUGUAUCCUCAGCUACUCAACAUAUAUCUAACAAUUUCAUAUGCCUCUUUACUUAGCUUGUAUCUCUUUUAUUUAAUUUUUAACAUGACAAGCUACAAUUCUUGUGUUUUUAUUCUGCUGUAAUUCUCUGUAUUUCCUAUUGUAUAUGAUUGUUAAAUAAAUCAUACUUGAGGGAA